UGGCCUCCCCCCCCAAGGCGACUCGCGGUCCAGGCUGACAGCCCUGGAGAGACGGCGGCGUUGGGGACCUCCUGAGACGCGACGAGAUCACGACGGCGACGACGACGACGACACCGCCAGAGAUCAAUCACGACGGCGGCGGCGACGGCGGCGGCGAUGAUGAUGAUGAUGGCGAACUGCUGCAGGACAUCAACGUGGCGGUGGUGCGCCGCUGCCCUCCGGGCAGGGUCCGCUCCCGCGUGCCGCCUGCCCCUGGCGGGCAGCCGGCGCGGCUACCGCUACCAGCGGGGGGCCUACGGGCACCGGCCACGUGCAGGGGGUGCCCAGCCCGCCGGGGGCACAGCGGAGGCUCAAGGCCCCACACUGGGCGCGGGGAUGCCGUGCCAGGACCAGGCGCUGGCGCGGCUGGUGAGCGCGUUCCGUGAGCACGGCCACCUCGCCGCUCGACUGGACCCCCUGGUGGGCGGGGAGCACGGCCCCCCACUACGCGUGCCCCCACAACUCCUCGCCUCCGCCUACGGACUCCAGCCCGGGGUCUACCGCGUGGACGGCCUGCUGGCGAUGGACAAGGCAGAGGCCACGCUGGACGAGGUGCUGCGGUUCCUGCAGGACUCCUACUGCGGCGCCAUCGCUGUGGAGACGGCGCAACUGGCCUCGGCCGAGGAGCGGGAGUGGCUGGCGGAGCGCGUGGAGAGGCUCCGCGGAGAGACGUUCCCAGCGGAGGAGCGGAGACUGCUCGCCACGCUGAUGCUUGAGUCACAGGCGUUCGAUAACUUCGUGGCCACGAAGUUCGCGACGGUGAAGCGCUACGGCGGAGAGGGAGCCGAGGCCAUGCUGCCGUUCUUCCACGAGACGUUCCGCCACGCGGCCCUCUCGGGCCUCUCCGACCUCGUGGUGGCCAUGCCGCACCGCGGCCGCCUCAACCUCCUCGCCGGCCUCCUGCAGCUACCGCCUGAGAUCAUGUUCCGCAAGAUGCGCGGCCUCAGCGAGUUCCCCGAGGGCACGCGCGGCGCCGUGGGGGACGUGCUGUCGCACCUGACGGCCACGCUCGACGUGGAGGCGGCGCCGGGCCGCUCGGUGCGGGUGGCGCUGCUGCCCAACCCCUCGCACCUGGAGGCGGUGAACCCCGUGGCCGUGGGGAAGGCCCGCGGGCGGCAGCGAACGCGCCGCGAGGGCCACUACUCCGGCGAGCCCGGGGCCCGUCCGGGCGACCGCGUGGCCUGCCUGCAGGUCCACGGCGACGCGGCGUUUGCGGGCCAGGGCAUCGUGGCCGAGACGUUCACACUCGCCUACCUCCCCCACUACGACGUCGGUGGUAGCAUCCACCUCAUCGUGAACAACCAGCUGGGCUUCACCACUCCGUGUGAGCGGGGGAGGUCCUCACUCUACAGCAGCGACAUGGGCAAGGUGGUGGGCUGCGCGGUGGUGCACGUGAACGGCGACGAUGUUGAGGAGGUGGUGCGCGCGGCGCGCCUCGCCAUGGACUACCGCCACCGCUUCCGGCGCGACGUCAUCGUCGACCUGCUGUGCUACCGCCAGUGGGGUCACAACGAGCUGGACGACCCCACCGUCACCAAUCCCGCCAUGUACGGCCUCAUCCGGUCUCGCAAGAGCGUCCCGGAUAGCUACGCAGAGCGGCUGGUGAGCGAGGGCGUCCUCACGGAGGCCGACGUGGAGCUCGUGAAGAGCUCGCGUUCCGCCGAGCUGGCGCGCCGACUCGGCGCGGCCGAGGACGGCGCCGCGGCGGCGGCCGCGCCCUCCGCGGCGGCGCGGGGAGGGGUCGCCGCCCACUACUGGCCCGGCGACGGCGCCGGCGAGCCGCGGGGCCGCUGGGCCGGCCUGCGCCGUCCGGAGGCCCGCGUGAGCCGCUGGGACACGGGCGCGCCCACCGAGCUGCUGCGCUUCGUCGGCGCCAAGUCGGUGGAGGUGGCGCCCGACGUGGCGAUGCACGGACACCUGUUCAAGACGCACGCGCAGGCUCGCCUGCUCAAGCUGCAGGAGGGAUCGAAGCUCGACUGGGCGACCGCUGAGGCCCUGGCGUUUGGCUCCCUGCUCACCCAGGGGUUCGACGUGCGGCUGAGCGGCCAGGACGUGGGACGGGGAACCUUCAGCCAGCGGCACGUCAUGAUCGUGUGCCAGAGCAGCAGCGAGGCCUACAUCCCGCUCAACCACAUGGCGCCCCAGCAGGAGGCCUUCCUGGAGGUGUGCAACAGCCCGCUGUCAGAGGAGGCGGUGCUGGGCUUCGAGUACGGCGUGAGCAUCGAGAGCCCCCGGCUGCUGCCCGUGUGGGAGGCGCAGUUCGGAGACUUCUUCAACGGGGCCCAGAUCAUCAUCGACACCUUCAUCAUGUCCGGCGAGGCCAAGUGGCUGCUGCAGAGCGCCCUGGUCCUGCUGCUGCCCCACGGCUACGACGGCGCCGGCCCCGAGCACUCGUCCUGCCGCAUCGAGAGGUUCCUGCAGAUGUGUGACAGCAGCGAGGAGGGAGUGGACGGCGACAUGGUGAACGCGUCCGUGGUGAACCCCACCACCCCGGCGCAGUACUUCCACCUCCUGCGGCGCCAGGUGCUGCGCGAUUUCCGCAAACCGCUCAUCGUCGCCUCGCCCAAGAUGCUGCUGCGCCACCCGGCGGCCGUGUCCAGCCUGAGUGAGAUGGGGCCCGGCACGUCCUUCGAGCCGGUGAUCGGGGAUCCGAGUGCGAACCCCAAAGAGGUGUCGCGGGUGGUGCUGUGCAGCGGGAAGCACUACUACGCCCUGCACAAGCAGCGGGAGGCGCUGGGCGCUGCCGGGCGCGGCACCGCCCUGCUGCGCCUCGAGGAGAUCUGCCCCUUCCCCACGCACGCCCUGCGCCAGCAGCUGCAGCGCUUCCCCAACGCCACAGAGUUCGUGUGGGCCCAGGAGGAGCCACAGAACAUGGGCUGCUGGACCUUCGUCAGCCCGCGUUUCCGCAAGCAGCUCGCUGUGGAGCUGAAGCUGGUGAGCCGCCCAGCUCUUCCGGCCCCCGCGGUGGGGAUCGGAACCAUGCACCAAGAACAGCACCAGCACGUCAUCACGGCUCCCUUCUCCUCCUCCCCCUGAGGGCCCAGCUCUCACUCCCGCGGGGCUUGGUGGGGGAGGCUCCCGGCCGCCACGAGGCCCGGCACGAGGCCCGGCACGAGGCCCGGCACGAGGCCCGGCACGAGAGCCUCAGGCCACGCGGCGAUCCGUGGCCUCU